UCAGGUGACUACUACGCGGGAAGGGAGAGGGAGUUGCGGGAAUCACUCAGGCCGUGACAGCGUAUAGAAACGCGACGCCUCUGACUGCGGAAGGGGAGCCCGCGCGUCCAGGCGAGUCCCGACCAUGGCUGCUGCCAUUGCAAAACGGAAGCGCGACGCCAACGAUAUGCCGAAUCCACGCGCACCACCCAACAUGAGCGACGACUUCGAGCACCAGUACAUGCAUGGAGGCGAUGGAAUGGGACAUCACGAUGGCAAUAUGGACUUCGCCGCCGCUCUGAAUCAACACAAUACCGACCCGGACAUGGGAGAUCUCCAUCAUCAGCACAACCCCCAAGCCGAAGUACACCAACAAGGAGGCCCGACGGCGAGUGACACUGCUGCUGCUGCGAUGGCCUACCAUCAUACUAUGACCGUGCCUCAAUCCACAGAACAGGCUUUCAUGACCCAGCCCACUGAACCGCCGAACGACCGUCCCACGAGCUCCUCAAUCGACCAAGCCAGUGGUGUUCCCGGGCGAUCUAACAGCUUCGGCGACUUCGAUAUCGGUCCCAACUCUGGUCAGGCGAAUUCUAAUGGCGCAACAUCUCCAUCCGGACCAGGAAAGGGCUCUAACGGUCCCAAACCACAGGUUGGCACCGAGGAAUGGCAUAAAGUGCGAAGAGACAAUCAUAAAGAAGUGGAACGUCGACGUCGAGAGACUAUCAACGAGGGCAUUAACGAACUCGCCAAGAUAGUUCCAGGCUGCGAAAAGAACAAAGGCAGCAUUCUGGCUCGUGCCGUGCAGUUUAUUACGCAGCUCAAGGAGAACGAGACUCAGAACAUCGAGAAGUGGACGCUGGAGAAGCUUCUCACCGAGCAAGCCAUUGCUGAGCUGAGCACAAGCUGCGAUAAGCUCAAGGCUGAGUGUCAGCGCGCCUGGGCCGAGUGCGAACAGUGGAAGAAAGCCGCACAGAAGAAUGGCAUCACAAUUGAUGUCGACGAGAAGGAGGCCGAUGCCGAAGACGCAUAGACUGCGGACACUCAGAGUCAGGCUUCUGACGAAGCUACUACAGGCGGCGGCAGAGUUGCCGUUGAUUCACGCUUUUCAGAAGCCUUCACGAACCCGGACUAAUUCAGAGACUGCUCAUGGGAGACUUGUCUCAUGGACAGCUAGCUAAGGACAUGAUCGGCGUUUGGCGGGAUUCAGAGAGAUACUCCAGGGCGUGCGGUUUCUUGAUGUUGUGGUGGCGUUUUAUCUAAGGUAUUUCACAGGGCCACUGCACAUAGCUUGUGCCACGAAUUGAAUGCCACAUCGAAGCUCCCG